AUGCAAACUCUGAUAAAUAAUCGGCACUGCACUGCAGAAGAAAUCAAUUCAUACAAGCAAAACAUAUGCCAGAUAGAGGACUUGCACGUCAAAUGGGAACCAAUUUUAACGUGUUUUCCCUCAUUUGCAUUCGAACAAUACUUUGAUCGCUUUUCCGGUGGUCUUGAUGGCAGAUUAAUUGCACAUUAUAACAAACCUAUUGGCUCUGCAUCAAAGUAUAUAAGGCUUUACGACCACGAAUUUAAUAAAAUUGACGAAAUAUACUUAGCACUCGAUGUAAAAGACGCAUUCAUUUACACGACUUCAAACGAUUAUGUUGUUGCUCUCGUUUGCAAGCACUCAGGAUUACUCUGUUCCAUUUAUUACCACGGAAGAUUAUUCUCAUCAAUCCCUAUUCAAUGCAAUGAUGAUGUUAGCAAUUGCUACUUUUUGGACUCUGGAAUGGUAUUUAUUACGCGCCAAAAUGACGUUUGGUUCCUUCCUCAUUUCAAAGAUCCAUACGUAUAUGCGCACAUCAACGCCGAAGAAUCACUAUCUAGGAUUGUUGCAAUUCCACCUCAGGAUUCCGCAACAGGAGAAUUGAUUUUUUACGCGAUGGGCUAUUCCGAGAAAAUUUACGUUGGAACUAGCGAAUCUAUCAAAGUUCUUGACUUACCAGAAGAAGUGCAAUAUUUUGCUUUAAGUCCUACGAACGAAUUCAUUGCCUUUUUACUUAAUAAUAAUUAUAUUCUCAUAACUCCAUCAGAUUUCUCUGAAUGCUAUUGCUAUUACGAUACCGGUGUUGAGCAACCGGCAGCUUCCUUCCAAUGGCUCUCUACAAUGAUCCUUAUUGGCUAUGAAAAUGAAGUUUACUUAUUUACAUCCCAACAAACGAUCAACUCAUGGGGAUUUGAAGGCAAACCCUUGAUAUUUUCAGAUUCCAAGCACGCUCUUGUAUUUACGAACACAAAACUCUACGAAUUAUCCGUAAUUGGAAAUGAGUUGGUCGAAGCACUUGAUCUUACCUCCAGAUCACCAGGAUCUGUACUCCUCAACUCCGUUAUCUCCGAAAACUUACACCUUGUCGAUUCCCUUAACGACAGAUCAAAAUUAAAAGAAGGAAUUGAGUCAUUAAUCACAGCCGCCGCGGAAAUUACUACGAGCGAACGCAUGCAGAGGACAUUUCUCAUGGCUGCGACCAUUGGAAAUGGCUUCAACGACACUUCCAGCAAAGAAAUUACGAAUUUGGCCAAAGAAUUACGACUUUCAAACGAUCUCCGGAAGAAUUUAAAGAUCUACAUGACACCUACAUCCAUCGAGAAGCUGAAAUACAGUCCUACAAUACCAAUGAAGUACUGUGAUUCAGGAAAUCACGCAACAGCCUUCGAAGUAGCCGAAUUCCUUGGAGUUGAGAAAUCUCCAAUUGUCACUGAUUGGGCCUGCACCAUCAUAGAGCUGUUUAAAGAAGACGAAGACGCAUUUUCCAUCAUAAAAUCCAGAAUUUGUCCUGAAUUCGAUGCAACAUCCAUAUCAAUUGCUGCUUCCAACAUCGGCAGACACGAGCUCGCCGCAAAAAUAGCUUCACUAGAGCCGUAUCCAUUGAAAUUGAUCGAUUUCUUUGUUUCAAUUGGAAAUUGGGACGGAGCAAUUACGGCGGCAUGCAGAUCUAUUGAUUCUAAGAAGUUCAUCUCCACUUGUAUGCUUGCAAUGGAGAAGGGCGCAACAGAAGAAUUAAGGAAUGUCCUCAGAAGAGACAGAUUUGUUUAUCAUUCUUUUUGUUCUUUGACUGAAAAUAACGUAGUAGCACAGCAACUGCUUAGUUCAAUUACGGGAACUGAGAGUUAUGUGGACAAUUCGAUCAGAAAGAUACAAAAAGACCUGAUUUCGAAUUAUUCUAAGAUAGAACCCAUCAUGUCUGCAUCGGAAGCACUUAACAGGCUUUCAACAGCCGUACAGAAGUAUAAUAUACCAGUUUUCCAGCAAAAAAUGGUUGAUAAAUUCACUGAUAAUAUUCGCGCCCAAGAAAAGUUCGUAGAAAUGGAAAACAUCGGACUUCCUUUCAACAAAGCCAUCGAAUUGUUCGUUAAAAAGGAAGAUUUAGACGGUGCAUUGAAAUUUGCUGACAGAGCAAAGGUCGGAGAAGAGAGAGCCCAAGUAGUAAUCGCAAGAACAGUUAUACUAGGUGGCUACAAGGACCUUUACAAGAGAGUUGCCCACAAUCUCAAAUAUGCAUGGAGAAUUUCAGCGGCAAUGAUAUUAAUAAGGGAUGGAAAAGAAAGUGCUGAGAAAUUUAUUAGUGAAAUACCAGAAGAAAAGGACAGACAGUCUAUUUUAGAAGCUUAUCAAGCGGGCUUGCUUUCAAUUAAUGAAUUGGAUACAAAAUCUAUAUCUGAUUGCAUUAUGUUGAAGAAGAAAUUAUUCUCUAAUUAA